ACGGGUUUCAAGUUUUAGGGCUCUUGUUAAUUUGGACAGGUAUGGGGUCGGAGCGGCAGCUGCUUGAAUGCAUAGAUAUCUCUUCGCCGGAUGUGAAGAGCCUGGCUCUACAGCUAAGAAAGGCAUGCUUGGAAACUGGGUUCUUCUACGUUAUCAACCACGGGAUCGGCGAAGCCUUCAUGGAGGAGGUGUUUAAUCAGACCCGGAAGUUCUUCAAGCUUCCCUUGGAAGAGAAAACGAAGGUGCUACAGGACAAGAGAAAUCGGGGCUAUACUCCCUACAGCGAGGAGAAACUCGAUCCUGUCAAGCAAAUUGCUGGGGAUUCGAAGGAAGGCUAUUAUAUCGGCCUUGAAAUCCCGGAAACUGAUCCUAGAGCAAACGAGCCUUACCAAGGACCAAAUCAGUGGCCUUCACCAGAGUUACUACCAGGAUGGAGGCAAACAAUGGAGAAGUACUUUCAAGAGGUCGAGAAUUUAUCUAGGCGGCUCAUAAAACUCAUUGCGAUCUCUCUGGAUUUGGAUGAGACUUUCUUUGAUAAACCAGGGAUGUUUGAUCAUCCAAUGGCACUGUUGCGGUUGCUUCACUAUCCAGCUGGAGUUACGAAUCCAGAGAAGGGAGAGUUUGGUGCUGGCGCUCAUAGUGACUAUGGGAUGCUUACGCUUCUUGCGACUGAUAGUGUUCCUGGUCUUCAGAUUUGCAAAGAGAAAGAUGCCAAACAGCAAGUGUGGGAGGACCUACAACCGAUCAAAGGAGCUUUCAUAGUGAACCUGGGAGAUAUGCUCGAACGAUGGACGAACAAUCUAUACAGGUCAACUCUGCACCGCGUUCUGAACCAUGGAGAAGAGCGCUACUCGAUACCUUUCUUCAUGGAGCCAAAUUUUGACUGCAUUGUGGAGUGCCUGCCAACCUGCUGCAGCCCGUCCAAUCCGCCAAAAUAUCCUCCCAUCAAGAGCGGUGAUCACCUCACAUACCGUUACCAGAUUACUCACAAAGGCUUGGAUGCAAACGCUAAGGAAAGUGUUCCCCAACCUGUCCACUAGGACGGUGGCAAUGUAAUGUGUAUGGUGCCUUCAUCUUCGUGAGUUGUCCAAAAAAAAUCGUGCUGAGCUUGGCUCGUAUAUGGUAGGCGUCAGAGCGUUGCCGCGCCUCGAGCAUCUCUGAGUUCUUUGUCCUCAUAAAUACUUCAUGCAGCAGGUCAUAAACGCCAGCGGUGAACGGACAGAGCAUGUAGUUGAAAACCUCCGAGAUCUCUGACAGUCGGUUCAUUCGCUCGUAGGCUCUGAUCAUAGUCUCGUACACACCAGGCGUUCUGUUGAUUCCUUUGUCGAGGAUUGCGGUGAAGAAAUUGAUUCACGACUCGUAAUA